AUGACCAUUAUACUAUUUUUGGUCGACACAUCCGCGUCGAUGUGCCAGAAAGCAUACGUGAAUGGCGUACAAAAAUCAUAUCUCGACAUAGCGAAGGGCGCAGUGGAGACAUUCCUGAAAUAUCGUCAACGCACACAGGAUUGCCUUGGUGAUCGCUAUAUGCUGUUAACAUUUGAGGAACCACCCGCUAAUGUGAAAGCCGGUUGGAAGGAGAAUCAUGCCACAUUCAUGAAUGAGCUGAAGAACCUGCAAAGCAAUGGACUCACUUCAAUGGGUGAAUCAUUAAAGAAUGCUUUCGAUUUAUUGAAUCUGAAUCGCAUGCAAUCUGGCAUCGACACAUACGGUCAGGGUCGUUGUCCAUUUUACUUGGAGCCGUCUGUAAUUAUUGUGAUCACUGAUGGUGGACGGUAUUCGUACCGUAAUGGUGUGCACCAAGAUAUCAUACUGCCGCUGAAUACACAAAUACCCGGUACAAAUUUCACAAAAGAACCAUUUCGCUGGGAUCAACGCCUAUUUUCGUUAGUUCUACGUAUGCCUGGCAAUAAAGUGGAUGAACGUGUUGAGGGCAAAGUGCCACACGAUGAUUCGCCCAUAGAACGUAUGUGCGUUGUAACAGGCGGUCGUUCGUACCGUGUACGUUCACAUUACGUACUAAAUCAAUGUAUAGAGAGUUUGGUGCAAAAGGUGCAACCGGGUGUGGUGCUACAGUUUGAACCUAUGUUACCAAAAGACGGCGUGCCAAAUGAAGCGCUACAGGACAUAAUAUUCCAACCAAUGAAGAAAAUGAUCUACGUGCAAAAACACAUCUCACAAAAGACCUUUCCAAUUGGUUACUGGCCCUUGCCCGAACCGUAUUGGCCCGAUCCGAAGGCUGUAACAUUGCCGCCACGCGAUGCGCAUCCCAAAUUGAAAGUAGUCACACCCGCUGUUGACGAACCGCAAAUGGUGCGUAGUUUUCCCGUCGACAAAUACGAGAUCGAAGGUAGUCCGCUGACACUACAAAUAUUGCAAAAACGUGAAAUGAACAAAUGUUGGCAGGUGAUCAUAUCGAACGGUAUGCAUGGUUUUGAUUUACCAUUUGGCUAUUUGAAGGCCUCGCAGAAUUUAACACAAGUUCAUCUGUACGUAUUGGCGUACAACUAUCCGGCGCUAUUGCCGCUGCUGCACGACCUUAUACAUAAGUAUAAUAUGAGUCCGCCCAAUGAUCUCAUGUAUAAAUUCAAUGCUUAUGUGCGUUCAAUACCACCAUACUACUGCCCGUUUUUGCGCAAAGCGUUACUAAACAUCAAUGUACCGUAUCAGCUGCUCCAGUUUUUAUUGCCGGAAAAUGUCGACAAUUAUUUGUCACCGAAUAUCGCCAAUCAGCUGAAGCAUAUCAAAAACACCGCAAAACAAGAUCAAGAAAAUCUCUGUAUGAAAGUGUAUAAACAGUUGAAACAGCCAAAACCGCCGUAUCGACAAAUCGAGACAGCAAAAUUGAAUCCCGGUGUACCAUUGCGUCGCGAUCUUGUGCGCCAUCCAUUGCUGAGAGAGACCUUCUCUAAAUUGCACGCUGAGAUUGAACCGCUUGAGAACUACACCAUUGUUGUACCACAGCUAACGCGCCAAUCCUCAGCGAAGUCAUAUCGCAAUCCCUUCGAUAUACCGCGUCGCGAUUUGAUGGAAGAAAUAGCGCGCAUGCGUGAAACGGUGCUACGACCAGCGCCCACUAGCCUGGUGGCCAAAGAUUCUGGACACUGCCUGCCCAUUGCUGAAAUGGGUAAUUAUCAGGAAUAUUUGAAAAAUAAAGAUAAUCCAUUGCGCGAAAUCGAACCGACGAAUGUGCGGCAACACAUGUUCGGCAAUCCAUACAAAAAGGAUAAGCAUAUGGUUAUGGUGGACGAAGCUGAUCUCAGUGAUGUGGCACCAAUGAAAUCAAACAAUGGCGCCGGUGGCGCGCCAUUACCGGGUGCGCCAGGUGGUAUUGGUCCAAAGAAAAUCGAUGCAUCACGUGCGCGCAAACGCAAAGCGGGUCCCAUACGCAAGGACUACAUAUUUCGACGUACUUCCACAGAUGUGCGACCCAGCACACCGAGUUUGAAUGUAACACCAACGAAUUCCUCAAACUCAUCGAUUGCCUCAAUGUCGGACUACGACGAUGAUAGCGCUUCGGAGACCGCAUCCAUAUCGUCAAAUAUGUCCGACGACGGUGAUCCGGACAGACUGGUUGUGGCAUUCGAUUUCAAUGAGGACGAACCCGGUGAACCGCUCAUCAAUGGUUAUGUACGUAAUUUCAUCAACGGCAUUAGCGACGAAAGUAGCUGUGAUUCAGAUAUGAGCGGACCUAGCACAACAACGCCCAUCAAUUCGUCGGCUGGUAUCAGCAUGUCGGUUGGUGGCACAUUACCGCUGCCACCGGUGGUACAAAUGCCAAGCAAUAACAGUGUAUUAACACCCAUGUCACCGCCGGGCUCGCCACAACCCUAUAUCAAUAAUUUUGGUCAAUCAAUAAUGACACCUGUAGAUGUGACGCCUGCUGCUGUCGGCGCAAUAGUGGCGCCAAACGUGUUGGCCAUUACCAACCCGACAACGAUAACACCUAACGUUUUCGCUGCACCACUUCAAAUCAACGGCAACGCUUUGCUUAGUAUUCCCGCAACCACACCGCCGUUGGGAACGCCAAUACCCACCAAUGUUGUAACACCAGCGACACCCACCCUAAUCAACCAAGCACCUGCCUAUCAACACAACGAUAUCAAUGAUGCUCAAGAAAUUUCACGCAUACUACAACAAUGCCACAAUGGAAAUGCUGGCAUAUCGAAUACAGCUGCUGGCGCGCCGACUCCAGACACCUCCGGAAUUGCAAGUGCGCAAGUCAAAAUGGAGACGGAGUCAGUGUUAAUGCCACCACCUUCGGCCACAGUAACGAAUUCCCUAGCAUCACCUGUAACACUCUCCGCCAAUUUCGAUACGUUGAAGCGCGAGUCCAUCAUGACCAAUAAUGUGGCAGCUACAACAGCGGCCAAUUCAAAUCAUGUUGCCAAUCACAAUCAACACAACAACGUUAACAGUGUUAUGAGCAAUAAUAUUGGCAACGGCGCUAGUCAACGCAACACAAUUGUGGCAACGGGGCCACCGCCACUCACAGACGAACAACGAGAUGCCGCACGUAAACAUAACCUAGAAAUACGAACACAAGUUUUUCGCGAUAUACGACGUCCAGGUCGUAAUUAUGCACAACUGCUGGAACAUCUCAAUUUAGUUAAGGGUGAUUUUGAAAUGAAAUCGAAUUUCAUAAAAAUGUGCAUCGGCGAAUCGUUGCGUUUUCGACGUAAACAAAUGAUUGACAGCAUACAGGAGUGGUGGGACAAGAAGCAACAACAAUUACAAACGACAACAUCAGCACCAAUACCAACAACAACGGCGACAAGUUAACAAUUACUAUUAUGGAAUUACAAUUGAGCUAGUGAGCCAUAUACAAAAGGCGAAUUCAACAUGAACGGCGAGAGUUUUUGUUAAAACAAAAAGAAAAAAUCGAAACAAAAAAUACCCCAAGAUCAUCGUAGACCACCGAGCCACAGGCUGAUCUUAUCAAAAUGCAAAAUGCAAAGCCCAAAAUGUGUACAAGUGUACCGAUUGCAAAUCAAGUCACACUUAAGGGUGCGUGGUAUAAAUGUGUGAGUGUGUGCGUAUGCGGGGCGAGUGGGGGUGCUCAUUUUCGUUCAAGAAAACGGGUACUUAAUUGUGGUUGGUUCUUCACAAAAGCAAAAAAAAAAAAACAAAAA